ACUAUUUUUUUUGGCAGAAGUCACACGACACUAGAAUGUAACACAAGCGCCUCCUUAUUUUCAUAGUUACAAGUGAGCGCUUUAAGCAAGCCGAGUUAGUAUGUAGUUAGUAGCAUAUCAAAUUAACCUUUUUCUUUCACUCUGCAGUGAUAUGACAGAUUAACUCAGCAUGUCGGUGGAAAACUCCAAGUCGUUUAAGUUCACCUUCCAGUCGUCUGUGCACAGCUCCCACGUUCUGCAAUGUCUGAAUGAGCAGAGGAAGAAAGAUCUUCUGUGUGAUGUGACUGUUGUGGCAGAGACCCAGAGUUAUCGGGCCCACCGGGCAGUUCUGGCAUCCUGCAGUGAUUAUUUCAGCGCUCGUGUGUCCAGUCAUACACCUGAAGGAACUAUCAUCAACCUUCCUGAUGAGGUUACCUCAGAGGGAUUUGAACCCUUGCUGGACUUUGCCUACACCUCAAAACUCCUCUUUAACAAAGAGAAUGUGCUGGAAAUCCGUAACUGUGCCUCUGUUCUUGGUUUCAAGAAUUUGGACAAAGCCUGCUUUGACUUCCUUCUCCCCAAAUUCUUUGACAGCAGCAGAAGUGCAUCCAAAGUCCAGAGGAAGUGCUGCAAGACCAAAUGUUUCAAAUCACGAGGGGCUGAAUUGAGCUCGAAUGACAAGGAUGAUGUUAUUGAUGAAGACAAAUCAUUACUUCAGCCUUCAAAACCUCAACUUAAAGUCAAAGAGACAUCUUGUCCUCCCUCGGUGGCCAUUGAGGACGUCGGAAAAAGCUUUCACAUCCAGAAAGACACAGAUUACUCCCUCCUGUGCCCAAAGUACCGGAAGUUUCAAAUAGCUUGUGGGAAGGAGCGAUCCUGUCAGGAUGUUUGCAGCUCUAAACCCAUGUCUCUUGACAGGACAGAAGACGACUGUCCUUUAAGCUCCCUACCUCACUCAAGCAAUGAAGACGGCCAGGAGGUCUUUUCAUGCGAUAAGACACCUCUCAUUGGCGAUGAAGAUUCUCUUCUGCCCGAAUGUUGUCCCCUAAAUCCUGUACCUUGCACAGACCAGCCAUCACUUCCAACCUGUAAUGAGUUGGCACAAUCUAUUUGUGACUCAGGAGACUCUGCAAAAUGGGGAAUGUCCCCUCGCUCGGGCCCAGAGGAAGUUGUGAGGCCAUACAUGGAGCUCAAAGAAGACCGAUGCAAUGAACAGAGGAGCGUGGAGGAAACAGAGGUGGCCAAACAGCUCACGUUCUGGCCGGAUUCUUGUCAGGCGUCUCCCUCUGGCCUGGGCUCGGUGGCGAAACCCUCAAAUCUCAACUGUCUGAAAAGCUGCUACCCGGAUCCCAGAGCAGUGGAGUGUCCGUUUCUGCAGAACUUUGGCGCGGUGGGGGCUCACCUACACGAUGGAGAGGGGGGUCCCACAUCAGAGGGCAGUCCAUAUAUACCCUCCAACCAAUCAGGGGAGGACUCUGAUAGUUUUGACACAGAGGGGGACAGUGAGUCUUACAGCAGUGAACGAUUGUAUGAGAUGGCGCUGCCGCUCUCUGUGGAUCAGAUCGUGUCUCUAAGCAGGAAUGACUUCCAGCAGAUGCUGAAGCAGCAGUGCUUGACACGGGAGCAGCUCGACGUUGUGCAUGACAUCCGCAGGAGGAGCAAAAACCGGUUUGCAGCCCGUCGUUGCCGUAAGCGGAAACUUGACUGCAUAUACAACCUGCAGUGUGAAAUCGAGAAACUGAGGAGCGAGCGAGAGAAGCUGAGUGUUGAGAGGAUAAAGCUGAAUCAGAUGAAGAAGAAGGUUUGGCAGAGUUACUCGGGCCUGUAUGAGACGGUCUGUGCCGAAGCCGCUCUCAGACCCCAGCAGCUUCAUAGGCUGGCCAAAUAUUCCUCUCCAGACUGCCCGCUGUCUGCCUUCCUGUGCCCCUCCCCAGACCUUUCUCAAGGUCCCGAGGCACACCAGCCCCAGGCUUCAGACCUCUACACACAAACUUGUUGCUCUGGAGCCGAACCACCAGUUAGUUCCUCAGUGGAAAAUAGUGUUGCACAAUCAAGCUCACAGAACCUGUUACCUCUUGGUGUUGUAAAAGCUCAGUCACACACCUGUCCACCUGACGCCUCGGCUUUUGACAACAGUGAGUGUAGUUAAAUGGUGAAACUCGCCACUCAUCUUCUCAUCAGCAAUCUUGAAACAUACAAUUGCAAAAUUAAAUAUGUUGGUUGAAGGAAAGACCAUUGAAAAUCAGUGAAGGACUUACUCUAAAAGGUGCAUUUAACAAACGUGACAACACUACUGUCCUCAUCUGACUGUAGGUUGUACAUUACAUUUUAUUUACAUUUUUUACUCAAACUCUUUAAGCAUUAGCAUUCAGUUUGUAUUGGUCAGUGUUUAGUGAAGUAUUCCUUUACCUAAAAGGAUCAUUUAUAGUCUUAUUACACAUCCCCGAACAUCCCUCACAUUUUUUAUGGAAACAAUCAACCUCAAUUCGCAGGAUAAUUUUUUGGACUCACAAUAUGACAAACCUCAUCUCACAGCUCAAUAAUAAUCUGUUUCUUCUCAGGGGACCUAAAGCUGUCAGACUACACUGUGCUGUAAACUGUUUUUGCUGAAACUGUGACACUCAUUUAAAGUCUGGUAGCUCAUACUGUUCAGGUGUAAAGAACUGCACAUGCUGUAGUUUCACUAAUGUUGACUUUUAUGUUUUUUCUCUCUCUCCAUCAGUUGUGGCAGGGAAAUCUAUUUGCAAGCAAAAAUGGUUUCAUUGUAUAUGUUGCCUUAAAUAAUAAAAUGUCUAAUAAUUUUUCUUUUUAAAUUUAAUGCAUUUUGAUUAUGCCACUCUAACAUUUUGCUUGGGACCAAAUUAUCCUCUCUUCUGAAAUCGUGUUAAUAAAUGACUUAUGAAAAUGUA